CGUUCCUGUGGUCGGAGUUGGCAGGCAAAGCGCAUGCGCGGAACCAGGCGCUUAGUUUGAAUGCGGCGCCACUAAUGGCGGCCUAAGCCAGGCAGUGACAUUGAGUGAGAAUAGAGAAAAGGCGGGCAGGGAGCUGCUGUUUUCUUUCUCCUCAGCCGUGGGCCCCGGAGGCUCGGAAGGACAACGGAAACGGUGUCUGUUUCGGUUUGGAAGUGCUUUUUUUGACCAGGUAACCAGAAUCUUUCAAAAUGGACAGGAGUUAUUCUGAAACAAAUGAGGAAAGAGACUUCACAGAUGGUACAAUUAAAAGAAGAAUUUCUUCAAUUUUAAAAGCUCCAAGAACUCCUCUCCAAAACUUAGGGAGUGGAAAUGAAUUAAUUCAGGAUUACAAUAUUGAGAAACGUCAGAGAAAUUCUAGGCGCGUCAGUUUUGCAGAUACUAUACGGGUCUUCCCACCAGAUCCUCAAAUCAUUGUGGAAUUAAAGCAGGCAGUUUCAGAAACAGCUGGAGAGCCAAGAGUUCAAGAUUUUUUUCAUAAAAAUGAAGAUCCAGAAGUUGUCUCAUGCGAGAUCACUGGGAUGAGCACUUUACUUCAUGCCCCCAUCCAGACAUGUUUGCAGCAGACAGAGUGUUGUGAUGCAGAAACUGGUCAAGCAUGGAACAAAAUGGAUAGAACAGUCAUAUUUUCAGAGGAAAAUGAAAUGGAUAUGACAUCUGGUCACACAAUAGUGAUUACCCAUGGCAUUAGAAUCCGUGAAGAAACUAACAACACCAGGAAAAUAAAUUUCAAAUCAUUUUCAGCUGGAAAAUCAGACAAGGAAACUUCACAAAUGAAUGAGUGUCAUUUAUUCAGUGGCCCUGCAAAAAUGAAUGAUACCAGUUUAUCUCAACAGCAGCUAAACACUGAAAACCCACCUAAAAUUAACUUUAGUGACUUCUUGAACAGCUUGAAGUCUACUGUGCAUUCUCUACCUACAGGAGUUAUGGAAAGAAAUGUUGGUUAUUCCCACUUUCACGAGGAAGACUGCAACACGACCACUGCUUCUGGAAUAAUUUGUAAUAUACAAAACCCUAUAACAUCUAGACUUUCUAACAAAAGUACUGUCACACUUCCUUCAAAACAGGUAGGUUGUGAACAAGAAAAUACAAGCAUAAUUACUACCAAUAUGGAAAAUGUUUUGCCACCUGGAACAAGCUCACUUAACAUGGCAGAUUCCCAAGAAAGGGAUUGGUCAGCCAGUAAUAACAUGGACAGUGGUGGAUUAAAGACUUCUAGAAAUCAAUUUGGUGUUCAAGAGGAUCAACGUCUGUGUGUGAAUGAACUCACCAUGAAUGAUAUAGAAUCAAUUGCUGACAAAAAGCAUACUGAGAUAAAGGAGGAUGCCUCAUUUUCUUAUUAUAAAACCAGUAUAAUGCCUAGGUCCAUUGACUCUGUCACUUCUAUGCCUGUUUUCAAUGUAGACAGAACAUCUGUAUUUCGUGACUUUAGUGCAGAUAUGGAACUAACAAGGAAUUGCACAGGUUUAGCCUGGGAAGAAAAUUUCAAGGGAAUAGGUGAUCCUUUUGCUCAGAAUUUUGGCAAACAGGGAAAUGAUGUCUCCAGGCUUAUGGAGGAAACUAUUUUUCAAGAAGAGCAUAUGGACAUCACAAACAAUCAAAUCCCCUCACAUUCUUAUGUACAUAAAACCAAACAUUCUGCUUUGAAUGAACGACCUGGUCCACUUCAAGAGGUUACUUAUAAUAAAAUGGGUCUACAAAAUUCAAGAAUACUGGGUGAUCCUCAGACACCCUUCCUCCCUGAGACAAACUAUUGCCCACUUGGUCAAGUAACAAAGAGUUUUGGAAGUCAAACAGUGAGUCCCUUUCUUUCUUCAACCCAUGACAUUAUGCAACAGGCUCAUACCAAAGCAGGAGAAAAUGAAAUGAAAAGAAAGAGUAGACUUCCAAACAAUAUGUCCUUAAUUUCUAAUGAUCAAACUGCCAGAUUUCAUUUCAGUGAGAACAUGGACAUUACUGAACCUAUAACUUACUUAGAAAACUCUCUGAAUGCUCAUGGGUUCCUGGCUCUGCCUCAGCAAGGUUUAGAAAGUGAUCAAAAAAAUGUAAUAGGAUUGAACAGUAAUAAGACUACUGUAUUUUCCCUAAAUGAAGACAAUGAAAUGGAUAUUACCAGAAGCCAUAGAGUGCCAGUAAACUAUGAUAUGCAGCCAUGUCAGAAAACCCUUCAAGCAUGCUCUAUACAAUCUGCAGUUGAAUCUGUUUAUAUGUGUAAUGAUUAUAUGGAUGAAACAGGCAUGAUAAAUCAGUUUAUAGAAAAUUCUACACAAAAACAAAGUAAUGAAUCUAGGAGAAGGACACUUACUGGACAACUCAAAGAUAGGACUGUUGUAUUUUCACUUGAUGAAAAUGAAAUGGAAAUGACAAAGAGCCAUACAGUGACAUUAAAACGUGAUGUUGUUGCUAAAGAUAUAGACAUUCCUCUUUCAUCAGCUCUUUUUUCAAACAAAACUGCUAAGCUUACAGUUGGUGAGGAUAUGAAAAUAACUAGGCCUGUUGAAUAUGUACCUGAAUCUCUGCAAAAUACAAGCAAGAAAAAUGUAAUGAAAUCAGCUAGUGAAAAAACAAGACCUGCUCUGACUGAAAGCAAUGACAUGGAACUUACUAAGAGACUUAAAGUGGCAGUAGAUGGAACUCCUCAGUUCUCCCUAAUACCUUCAGAGAAAAACAGCAUGUCUAUACAUAGCAGUGACAUGAAAAUAAGUCAAUCCGUACAUUUUGUUCCAGAAAAUAAAACUAUGCUUUUUAUGCACAAUAAUGACAUGGAAAUAACUAAGCCCAUGACAUCCACAUCUUUAAAAGAGGCCAAAGUCAAAGAUUUGGAAGUGGAAAAAGAAGAAACUAUCAAAGUGAUUCUUCAAGGAAGAGUGAAGAAAUGGACUGAUACGUACUUGUAUGACAACUGUGAAAUGGAGAUUACAAAGAACCAUACAGUUCCAGUAAACCAUGAUAUUCUCCAGCAAGUUAAGGAAACUCCUCAAGAAUUGGCCUCAGCUUCUGUUGGUAAAACCAGUAUAUUUGCUCACCUGAGUGAUGCAAAAACUCAGUCCAAAACGUAUGUUCCUGCAGAUAAAACAUUUACCUGCAAUAAUGACAUGGAAAUAAUAAAGCCUGUAUCUGAUUCGAGGUUCACUGCUUUGUCACCAAAAGAAAAAGAGAUCAGGAAGACCACAUUACUAGGAUUAAAUAAAGAUGAUACUACUGUUUUUUCACAGCAUGAUGCUGAAAUGGAGAAUACAAAGUGCCAUACAGUGAGAGUUACCCAUGACGUUGUAUCUCAAUGUGAAAGGGCUCCACAAGUAUCAUUUCAUCAGAAUAAUAUGAAUACAACAGGAUCUCAUACUGUUACUAAGGAAAUGAUGGCUGAUGAUGGACGGGUCAAUAAAAAACAUACUAUAACACUUGAUUAUAAAACAGACUUGCCUUGUAAGACAACCCUCCAAGCUGAGUCCACUUUUCCUGUCAGCACAACUUGUACAGUCACAUCUUUCCACAGCACAAAAGUCUCAAGCUUACCAUGUAAUGCUACCUAUAAUGGGAAUUUAGAGGAAAGUGGGAAAAAGGAAAUGCCAGAUAAAAACAUAAAACAGAAUAUGAAUAAAGCGCUUUCUCAUACAUAUGUUGAGAAAAUACCAGAUGUAGAUGUUACAGAAAACCAAGUAGUUUCAAUUUAUGGCUCUAAUAAUGAUGUACCAGAUGCUGAAAAAGAGAUAUUAAACCCUUUCACAAAGUCCAAAGAAAAGGCAGCUGUUUCUUCAGAUGGCAAUAACAUGGAGAUCACUCAAAACUACAAAACAGGGAUUGAAUUUAUGCACAUCAAUGAUAGCAAUGAAUGCCACCCAAAUUCUGAAGCUAAAUUUGGCUCUAGAUUUUCUGCUUUGGUUAAUGAUUACGAAAGCAAACUAGAGAUUGCCCAAACUGAGAAAAAUCAAUUUGAAGCACCUGCCAGUGUGAUGCUACCUAUGUGUUUAAAUACUGAACUAAAGCCCAAAGACUACUUGCAAAUAAAAGAGAACUUGCCAGCAUUGUGUAAUGUUAAUACAUUUUCAAAUGAACUUACAUUACAUAUUGUUUCAAAUGAAGGAAAUGGUUUCAUGCUUCCAACCACAGAACCAAUAUUAUCAAAAGAAACUUCAAAUGGCUUAAACAGUAAGAAAAUGCCCAUAUUGGUUAAUGAAAUUGAGAUUCUUAAAAAUAACCUCAAUAAGUCCCAGUCAGAACAGGAAGCUAGUUCCUCUGGUCAAACAGAUCCAUUACCAUUUGGGAAAGAAUAUAGGAAAGAGACACGUGAAUGGUCCAGUAUUACAAAAGACUGUCAAAAUAACUUGGAAUCUCCUCUUGACAAUACAUUUUCUUCAGAGAAAGAGCUAGAUAUUUUGUCUGAACUAUCUGGUGUUGACAGCUCUUGCCCAAAAACCAAAGAUACUAGAAAGAAAUCAGAACUUGUAUUACUCAGUCAAGAUGUUGCAUCCACUCUUAGGGAUGUACUGCCUAAAUUGACAACAAAGCUGGAUUCUUCUUUGAAUAUGAAAGAAGAUCCUAAAAAGGAAUUGGAUACCGUCACCUCUACAGAAUGGACAAAUGUUGGUUUUACAGAGAGGGCUUCUGUUAAUGUACCUUUGCAUACCGAAAGCUAUAACAUUACAAAAUUGCCCUUGGGUAUCUUUCCACCUAAGCUACCAAAUAAAAGAAAGUCUACUGUUUCUAGCACAGAAUCUGCCACUGCUGGAUUAGAAAAGAGAAAACAAACUCAAGAUUCAGAAGUUUCUCUGGUUAUUAAAAGAUUAUCAGACAAAUUAGCACAAAACCCAAAUCUAUCUUGUUAUAUAAAUGAAGAAUUGCUUCCCGCAUAUGAAGAAGAAAUAGAUUCUAAUGAGGCUUUAAGUUGUGACAUUCCAGAAAGGCUUUAUGAUGUAGGGAAAGAUGAAGGAAUUGCUGGUAACGAAGACAGUCUGUCGGAAAGAUUUGAAACUAAUAAGAGACAAAGAGCUUUGAAUCAAGGAGAUGAAGAACUUCAAAAAGAAAAAAAGUUCAAGGGAGACGAGGGCUGGAAUGACUCUGGCGAUUUCAAGCAGCCCAUCUGCAGUACAGCCACUGCUUACCUCCAGGGGGCAGCUCAAGAAGGUAAAAAUGUUCCAGAAUUGAUAACUGUGAACCUGGAAAAGACGCAAAGCAGCAACAGUAGCUCUUUGGAUUCAGUCCAGCAAAAUAGUGAGAUGGAAACUCAGCUUCUUGUGGACAGUAUUUGUGAACAAAAUUUGCAAGAGAAAUUUCAGGAGGGUACCAUAACAGUCCGUGAAUUUUUCACACUUCUUGAAGUCCAUGUUCUGAUACAGAAACCACGCCAAAGUCUGCUCCCACCAAAAUAUGAAAUCAACACAACUCCUAAUCUGGAAGAUGAGAUUAUAAAUCAGUAUGUAUACCAUCCCAAAUUGCUGGCUUAUGGUGAAGACUGUCAAGCCCUCUGCAAGACGGUAGAUGAAUUAAAGGUAAAUGCAAAUAACCAGGAUAAACUUCUAGUGAAUGUGCAUAAAAGUCUAUGGGAAGUAAUGAGAACCUGUUCAGAUAAGGAGUUGAAAGUCUUCGGAGCAGAACUGAACAAAAUGAAAUCCUGUUUUACGAAGAAGAGUAAAGUACUUGCUCACAAAGCAAAAGCAAAAUUAUAUGCAAAAUUGGUGCAGAAUGCAGAGCUCCAGUGGGAAAAGCUGCAGUCAAGAUUAGCUAAAAUAGAUGAACUUCUGGAAGAAAUGGAUAGCUGCAUCAAUGAUCUGGAGACAGAAGCUGCUGCCUUGAAAGAGACUGAGCUGGAUGUCAAUGAUGUCGUGUCAGAAUAUGAAUCAAAAGUGAGGGACACUGAGAGAGAGCUGGAAGAACUCAGAGUUCAAGAAGAGGCUCUUCAAAGGAAUCAAUCAAAUCUCAGAGACAAAAAACAACACAAUGAUUCUGAAAUUAUUCAUCUCCAGGAUUAUGUAAAAAGUUAUCAGGAAAUAACAGAAAAAUACAACUUUUCUGAGUGGGUGAUGAAAGAAUGGAAUGAUCACCAGGCAGUUUUGACUUUCCUUUAUGAUUCUAUUGAGCUUAUUGUUCGGCUUGAGUGUCCUGUAGAUGGUGCUGGUUACAAGAUUGUUAGUGUGAACUUUGAAUCGCUCUUAGAUGAUGACAGAGCUUUGGCUUCAUCGAAGCUCGUACAUAGGCUCGUAUUCCAGUUUAUUAACAGUCAGAGUUUGCAGCUGGAGAAAUGCUUAACAAUGCAUCAUCUCUCCCAGAUACUGCAUCAUGUCUCUCUUGUGGUGAGUCGCUGUCAACUUCUGGGAGAAGAGAUAGAGUUUCUGGAUCGAUGGGGUGGAAAAUUUUAUCUGCUCAAAACAGAGGUGAAUGAUACAAAAGUGAAGUUCUUAUUCUCCAGUUCUGUUGCUUGUGGAAGUUUUGAAGUUGAAUUCUCUUUAUCUGCCAACUAUCCUGCAUCACCAGUAGCUUUCACCAUCCAGAAAUGCACAGGCAACCUUAGCCAAGAAGACAUUUCUGUGAUUUUGUCUAAUGUUCCGGUGGGAGCCAACUACUUGAGAAGAAUAGUCAAAGAGAUUAGUCAUAAUGUGCUCCAGUGUUCUCCUUCAACAAUCCAGAAACAGCAAAGAGUAGCUGUUCGAUAGUACAUUUUGCCCUCUGGAACAUUGAAAAAAACUUCUAUCACCUGCUGAACAGCACUUUCUCAGUGGCCCAGUAUUUACUUACAUAUUUAGGAAGCAUUAAUAUUUAACUGUCUGUAAAAUCUAGAAAAAAGAGAAUUUCACAUACUUCCUUUAAACGCUUCUCAUCUUCAGCUUGCUAAAGGUGGGUUACCUUUUGUUUUUGGUAAAUGUUCUUCUUACACAAAAUAAUGCUGCAAUUUUACAUCUGAUCUAUACAGCUUUCAGAUGUGAUAUUCUGCAGUAUUUCUAAUUUUACUAUACUAUACAUGUAUAAAUUAACAGUGCAUUGGAGAAAUUGAAUAGGCCUUUCUGGAUUGUUUCAAAGAAACAAACUCUUGAUUCUGAGACGGACCUAAGUUAGGUCGCAUUCAUACUUCUUUCUGUUGGCUGGAUUCAACCUCUGAACAGAAAACUGUUGCAAUCACUAGAAUGCCAUGAGAAUCGUGUUCUGACGUUUAUUCAGGCUUCUUGCCUUUGUAAAGUUUGUUUUACCAUAGUUGCACAACCAGAAUGUCUUGUGUUUUCUGGCCCGUAGUUACAGGGAAAUUUUGUAUGUAUAUGUAAAAUAUUAUUUUAAAACUUUUUUUGAAAUUUUGAUUGUUGGUGUUUUUAAAUGGUGUUGGUUUCCCUUGUGGCAGAGGGAAAAUGUAUUAAACAUGUUUGAAAUAAACUGGAGUUAACAAUAA